AUAAGGCCUGCCGAGUGCCAACAGCUGGUGGACUGGUCCUGCUACUGCGCCGCAGCCACUACCCACCACUGCCGCCGUACGUUCCCCAACAACGGCCCGCCGCGUGUCCCGCUCCCUAUCCCUAUCCUUCUCCCACCAUAGAUUCUCAUUUGCAACCAUCCCAGGAGUUCAAAUGCUGAAAAUUCUUGAAAAAAGUUGAAAUAUACGCGAACGACGCCAUCCCUAUAAUUCCAUCCCUCUGCUGUCUCUAUCUUCAUCAUCAAUGUUUCGGUCCUUGUCCUCAUUAUUGCCUCUGUUUCGUUUCAGCCCUUUCUCUGCCUGCUAGAGCUCUCUGUGUAUCUGCUCCCAUUUCAUUUGUCGAACCCCUGUUUCAAACGUUUUUCUGAUCGAAGAUGGUGGUGUUUAUGGAGAAUGGGUCUUCACGAGAAGCAAAGGAUGAUAGUUCGACGUCGGUGAAGGUAGACCAGUUUCAGGCCCCUUUCCACUCUCAGGCGCGCAUUAGCACGAAGCAGAGCGAUCACGAUCACGAUCACGAUCACAAUCAGCAGAGGCCAACGAGUGGGAAUGGGGGGGAUGAGGUGUUUAAGAGGGAGAUGAGGGAGUUGGAAGAACUGUUCUCUAAGCUCAACCCCAUGGCUCGGGAGUUUGUUCCACCAUCAUUUGCUAAUAGUAGCAUGGCCAUGAAGAUAAACUUAGAUGGUGGAUAUUUUUCUAAAAGCACUGCUGCUGCUGAUGUUAUGCAUUUGAAUGGAUUUUCUAACAACGAUGGGAACAUGGGCCGAAGAGGGAAGAAGAAUGCUCAUCAUCAGGCCAAGAGAAGGACGAAUAGUCGAACUAGCAUGGCUCAACGUGAAGAGGUUAUUCGAAGGACUGUUUUUCAAAGAAUGGAUUAGGUGAAUAAGUUUAAUAUCAGCAAAUGCUUAUGGUAAUGUGUUCAUUUUGGUUGUAUUUGGGGAUAGAUUACUGAAGAGCAUUUAGCGGCACUAUUUCUUGGUUGUGGGCAGGUUGUGGACUGCCGCAUAUGCGGAGACCCGAAUUCCGUCCUUCGUUUCGCUUUUGUGGAGUUCACUGAUGAGGAGGCUGCCCAUGCUGCUUUGAAUCUGUCAGGAACCAUGCUGGGAUAUUACCCCGUGAAGGUGCUGCCAUCCAGGACAGCCAUUGCGCCUGUUAAUCCUACAUUCUUGCCUAGGACUGUGGAUGAGCGUGAGAUGUGCUCAAGAACAGUGUAUGUUACGAACAUUGACAAGAAGGUUUCUCAAGCAGACGUGAAACUCUUCUUUGAAACUAUUUGUGGGAAGGUUUAUCGUUUGAGGCUGCUCGGAGAUUCUCACCAUUCUUCACGUAUUGCUUUUGUGGAAUUUGCUGUGGCGGAAAGUGCAAUUGCUGCCCUCAACUGUAGCGGUGUUGUUUUGGGCAUGCUGCCCAUAAGGGUAAGCCCUUCAAAGACGCCCGUUCGCCCAAAAACUCCUCAUCCUCCAUCUCACUGAAGCAGCUUUUGCCGGUCCACAUGUAAAGAUGUUUUUGGUAUUUGAAUCCUUGUGGAUUUACAUUUUCUCUGUUUCUAGCAAUCUUCAGCGUCUAUGUGGAUGAAACUUCAGGGCUCUUAGCAACGUAUCUUUUGAAUUACAGCAUUCUAAACAAAGUGCUGAUUAGGAAUAUGAACCUCAACCGUUAAACUUAUGAGCAAUACACCCAAGCUUAGCUUUCUCCAA